AUGGACAUCGGGAACGACACGGGGCGUGCGGCGGAUAGUGUGGUUGCGAUGCUGGAAGCGAAGAUUGUUUCCGGUGAACUGGAAAACCGGGCGCCACUACCGGCCGAGCGGGAGUUGAUGGAACAGUUCGGUGCCAGCCGGACCGUCAUCAGGGAAGCAAUCUCCAAACUGUCCAGCAGGGGCUUGAUAGAAACGCGCCCGCGAUUCCGGCCGAUUGUUCGCAAACCGGAUUAUGCAACCGUUCUGCACGCGUGCGGCAAUGUCGUUCAGCACCUUUUGACGGAACGUUCCGGCAUAAAGAACCUCUAUGACAGCCGUGUCUUCAUCGAGCGCGCAUUGGUUCGGGAAGCUGCCUUGGCAGCGCGCAAGGAAGACAUUGUCAAUCUCAGGGCUGCGCUCGAAGACAACCGGAAUGCCAUUUCCGAUUCCUCGGAAUUCUACCGGACCGACGUUGCCUUUCACGGUGUUCUUUACCGGAUACCGAGGAACCCGAUCUUUCCCACGAUCCACGAAGGCUAUACGUCCUGGCUUGCACCGCAGUGGGAUCGCAUGCUGCGCUCACCCGAGCGCAAUGAAGUGAAUUACCUGGCGCACAAGGCCAUUUUGGACGCCAUUAUGGAACGUGAUCCGCUGGCUGCCGAAGAGGCGCUCACAAAUCAUCUGAAGGCGGCCUGGGAAUUCGUCCGUGUCACGUUCGAUUGGGGGGAAGAAUGA